AUGCAGUGUCUAGUGCUAGUGACUAUUUUUAUUUUAAGUGUAAAAUAUACGUUUGUGUCGGCAAUUCAGGUCCACGAGAAUCCUAUCGAGAACACAACGGAACUAAUUUCAUCAACACUGAAAAGUACUCUCCCAAACGGGCAUGUUCUGAGUGGAAGUGUAACGAACGUCACCAAUACGCAACCCGUCGAAACGUCGGACAGUGAACUGAGCAGUGACGGAAGAAAAAGCACGACGAAAAAUGUCGUAACUACAACUGCUUCCACCGAUUACAGCAUUGGCAAGCAGACCAAGCAACAAGCGGCCAAUAGUCCAAAACACAGCUCGAGUUAUCGCGAUACCCCGUUAUUGGUUAUGCCGACUGUUUCCACGCCAGCAUCAGCAUCGACAUCACCGCUGUCGCCGGGUGGCUCUUCCGGAUCGUCUUUUAAAGAAGAUAGCACCUUGAAGAACAGCAUCGGAAGCGAUUUGGUGCAGCAUCCCAUUUCGGGCGGCUACAAGAAGCGGCAAUUGUUCAGCAGUGCUUUCCGGCAUCCGGCAACGAAAAAUGAUACCGACGAUCGAAGUUACAGUAAGAAGCCGAUAGCACAUAUCCUCACAAAGGAGUUCGUUCCAUCGCCGGAGUUGGUGCAAAUCUAUUCUGCCGUCGACUACCACAAUGGUCGAAAUAUCCACCAAGUCGAUGCACCGUAUCCUGCAAACGGCGUAGAUAACGACUCCAGAUGGUUCGGAGGUAAUCAUCUGCACUAUCCUGCUGGGUUAGGUGCUGAAAUAAGAACCGAAAAGCCAAUAGCCCAUAACUGGCCUGCGAAGUGGGAACACAACAAAAAUGGAAAAUUCCUCUGGUUACCCAAUGGACAAUUCCCCUUCGGUGGUAGCGGUGGCGGAGGAGGACCCGAUUCAGACAGCCCGAUAAGCAAACACAAUUCUAAACUACCAUCGCCGAAGGGCAAAUGGAAGUGGGUCCCAGAGGAGGAAAAUGAGCCAACGGGACAAGGAGAAUCUCCGGUGGAGAACGGUCAAGUUCCAGACAUUGAGAAUAAAAUAGUUUCUGGUCCUCAUCAUCAUCUGCUUAAGUUUCCAUCCCGUGAUCGUCCCUACUCCUUCGAUAACGCCGUCGGAAGUCAAGUUUCUCCGUUUAGUGGAAACGAUGGCGGCGGCAUCUCACCGGACGAGCCAGGAAGUACAGUCAAUUCAGGACAGGAUAUAUUUUCCGGUGGCGUAGGCACCAAUCUGCAGACCAGUGGCAAAGGGGACGAGGCGCUCACGCACAUUUCGCCCUGGAAAAAGAUCAUCCACGUACUGACGGCGGCAAUUCCGAUUGGGCUCAUUAUAUCGGCACUAACCCCUAAGGUCGUCUACAUCAACCCCAACAUGACACAAAUACCGGCGCAGAUGCAAACUCCGACACCAAUAAGUGGUACCGGCGGGAGCUUCACCAAUGCGAUCCGACAACGAUCCGAGGAUGAUGAUGGUGGAAUCAAUCCGUUGUUUGGGUUGCUGAAUGCUCUGUCGGUUGGCCACGUGGAUCCCAGCCGGUUGUCCCUACCGCCGUUCACGGCCGGAAGUGGCUGUGAGGAGAAAUCGUUUUGCGAACUAGCCCGCUACGGAACUAACCACGAUGCCGAUGUACUCUCGAAGAUGUUGUGGAAAAUUGCCAACGAGACACCCUCCGAUCGUGCCCGCCAGAGUGGUUUGGAGGAACUUUUCCGCGCCAUCAAAGACAAUGACUGUUCAAGAUUUCGCUGUGAAAACACUUGAUCCUGGGGCUUGUUUGUGGUUUUUGAAGAGCAUCACUACUUCCUCACCUGUUUUUUAACGUAGACGCGGGACGAAAUUGACUUUUUCGAUUAUUAUAAUUAUUACGUCUGUAUAUCGUGUGAAGUACCAUCAACAGUGACUCAAAAGUGGAUGCGCCUUGUAACACGAUUGUGUGCGAGUAAAGAAGUGAAAGUUACAUAACAAGAUAAUUUCUCA